CAAACGAAACUUUCUGAACGAUUUGUUUUUAGUUGUGAUAAAUCAUUUAUCACAUCAGUAUUAGUUCCGUUUGAGCAAACAAGUUCUCAUAGAGACAACAUCGUGGAAGAUGUUCAACAUCAGCCUGGGUGUAGAUUCCAGAAAAGUAAAGAGGAUCAUUGCUGAAGAUCUAGACUGGUCCCUCGAUAUAGUGCCACGCUUGUCCAGCCUCUGCCUGAACACAGUUGUGCAAAAUUUUGAGGAAAAGCCCAUUCUUGAAGAACUUACGCCGAACCAGAAGAACUAUGUUGAGGAGAAACUUUCGCCCUCCUUGCCCCUGCAUCUGACAGCCAACUUGAUCAGUGAUGGCGUCUACUGGAAACGGUGCUGCAAACAGCGGUGGGAUCUUUGUGAUGUCGAUCAGUACGACGAGAGCUGGAAACGCAUGUUCUUUGAGCGGCACUUGGAGAACAUUGUUGAAGAAUUCAUUCCAGGUGUAACAGACAUAAAGACAGUUCUAGACUUGGUUCCUCUCUGCAGGAAUUAUGUAAAGAGGCUGGACAUCUCAGAGCUCCUGCCAUCUGUUAAAGUUCCCCAGCAGAAACAAGAAGAAUAUUACUCAAACUUGGCAAAUGACAGUGACACUGAUGUACCAUCUAUGGAACACUUUGACUUUGGAGGCCUGCUUUGCAAACUCACCAACUUGGAGGAGCUCCAUUUGACGUACACAGUCAAGAAAUGUGGCAUGAACUUUGAUUGGAGAAUGUUUGUGAUGACUGACAGAGAUUGUGAGUGCCUUGCCAAGGCUCUUCAGUCCUGUGCGACCUUGAAGGUUCUGAGGCUCCACCUGAGUCACAUUGAGGAUGAAAAAUGCAGGUUAUUGGUGAAACAUCUUUUGGACCACCCCUCCCUGAGAGAGCUUGAGUUUCCACACAACCAAAUUGGAGACAGAGGAGCCAGAGCCAUCGCUAAACUUCUCAACAGGAGCAAACUGGAGACUCUGAACUUGUACGACAAUGAAAUUAGAGAUAGGGGAGCCAAAGCUAUAGCUCACAUCUUGGCUAAGAAUUCUACUCUUUUGUCCCUCAACCUGGGGCUGAACCGUAUUGCAGAUGAGGGAGGGAUGGCUAUAAGUGAGGCCUUGAUGAACAACUGCACCCUUCUCUGCCUGAACCUGGGAAGCAAUAGGAUGACAGAACCUACCGCCACUGCACUGUCAAAACUGAUACACCGCAACUCUCUGAAAAGCAUCAAUAUAUCCACCAACAUACUGGGCAUGGCUGGAGUUCAAGAUCAGGAGAACACGAUGGCUCACAACACCAGCAUUACUGAUCUGACUGUAGUUCACGAGAACGUUUCCUUCAUGGAUGAGGUGGUUUGGAACAACCGGGUUCAACAAUAAAACCAGGUCUACUCCAGCAGCUUUUCUUAAUCACAAAAAAAUAAAAAAUCUUCCUUUAUUGGCCAUUCAUCCGUGUCCACCUGUAAUCUAACAACACAACGUGAUUUAAUUUAAUGUAACACAAAGGAUAAAGAUGGUGAGUCUCAGAGAUUUGGAAAGUAGGGGUGCUGAGGGGGCUGCAGCACCCCCUGUUGGUGAGCGGCUGUAGCUUGAACACAAAAAAGUUUUAUAAGCAAUU